AUGGAUACAAAUUAACUGAGCAACUAUGAACAAAAAUGUGCCUCAAGUGAGUGAGACUGGUCGUGGCGUUUCGGAUCGUCCGGAAGGGGGCGAAGAGAGCGACCGAUGGCCGGAGGCCAGCUCGAAUCCUGCGAUAAAGCAGAGAGCAUGUGUUUCCUGUUGCAAGAAUUGCGUGGUGCAUCGGCUUGAUGUUGAAUCUGGGCUCAGACCCGGCUCCGAUCCUCAACGCACAGCUGAUCAAUGGGACAGAACCGACUCUGAGCUUCAACAUCAGGACAAUUCAUGGGACAGAAACAAUCACGAACCUCAGCCAGCUUACACAUAUGAGCCCAAAUAUAAACUUCUAGCUAAUACGAUAGAUCAUGACUAUUUCGAGCGUCCAUCCCGGCGCAGCUCAACAGUCCGAAACUAUGCCGAGCCGCAGGGUCAAGCUCACUAUCCUCCGCCUCCGCCUCCGCCACCGCCUCCGCCUCAAGCGCAAUCAUGGAGUGAAAAUGUCGACCGUCCAUGUCAGCCGCCAACCGAUGCCGGCUUUGGGACAAGACUAGCAGACGCUCAAAACCAUCCGAGUCACCAGAGACCGACCAUACUGGUCAUCGUCGUCAACAACAAAAAUCUAGCUGGAGCCGCUUUAAAUAAUGGCUAUAAGCCCGUGGCUUGUCAAGUCGACUAUCGGGAACCCGCCAAUCAGAAGAGCGUUUAUCAAGAUAGAUGUAGCUUGAACGGAAAUAAUCCGAAUCGCAGUUGUGGCCCUGCAGAGAAUCAAAGCUAUUGGAAUUUCAACUCAACUUAUCCAUACCCGAUCCAGGAACAGCGCACCCAAAACGGACUAUACGAUUCGGUUAGCAGGUUCGACGAUGAUGAGUGCUCGUGCAGUAGACCAAACUGCCGAGGUCGGACGGGCUAUGGGCAGCAAGUCUCAAAUGGAUCAAGGGGACAAGGUCGCAGGCUUAGCUUUGGGCAGAGUGCAGCAAGUGGAUCAUCAGGCCCAAGUGGCAGGCCUAGCUUUGGACAGCAAUUCAGAAAUGGAUCCAUGAGCCAAGAUCUCAGGUUUAGCUAUGAGCAGCCAGUCGCAAAUGGGUUUAGGGAUCGAAUUCGCCGGGACACAUAUGAUAUGGAAUAUGAGGCCAGACAGCGUCGUGGGUCGUCACAUUCCGGCCAAGGAUUGCUGUGUCCAGUUUGCUGCCCAACAAACAAUGAAAGAUCAACUGGACUCUAUGGUAAUAAGGGAUCAAAUCGUGGCACGGGAACGACCAUUGGACAGGGUGAACGCAGUUUUGAUAUUGCUGGCGGCAAGGAUGAAUCCUUCAGCAGCAUUACCGAACGAAGUGUAACCGAUCCGAGCGUAACCGAUCGGAGCGUAACCGAUCGGAGCGUUACCGAUCGGAGCGUAGCCGAUCGGAGUGUAGUCGAUCGGAACGUAACCGAGCGAAGCACAACCGAUCAGAGCGUAGCAUGUGUCUGUGAUUCAACGUGUGAUUGUGACUGUGAAUGUGCGCUUGGUGAUCUGGCGCAUACGCUCGAGAGCCUUGUGCCCAAUGAGGAGUGCUUAUGCUAUUUGGAGCAGCUGGAAAAGGCCAAGAAAGCGAAGGCUAGGAAGAAAAAGCAGCGAAAGCCAAAAGUCGUUUACGAUCGAUUCGCGAGUCCACCCUUUGUAAUCGAGCCGAAGACCUUUUGUCUAGGCUGCUGCAACAGGUCCUGUUGCCAUUCCUGCUAUGGUCAUUGCUGUAACUCCUACUAUCCCUGGUGCUUGACAAGAUGAGGAACACACAAAGGGUUGCUCAGCUGAUGUGUAGCCCAUGUGAAAACUGCUCGCAUAUGAAAUUCAACCACAACACCACAAAUAAAGUUAUAGAUCCUACCCCGAAACAAAAUAGGAA